AUGUUUAAAAUGAGAACCUAUCGAUGGUGUUGCUGGUGUAGUGUCCCGCGUGUGAAAGAUCAUCCACGGGCUGUUUUGCACCAUUUGACAAAUCAUCCACUUUAUCAACCAGAUUCAGAAACUGUGCCAUUUAAUCCUUCUUCGAUUGAAGGUGCUGGAACUGACGAUAAUCCGUAUGUCGUCUAUCGAAGUCGUGACUUACUUGGAAGAACAAAUCUCAAGCAUUUACGUUUUGUUUGCGUAUCCGAUACACACAAUCAAAUCGACCAGAUCUUCAUUCCGCAUGGCGAUGUUUUUAUUCACUGUGGUGACGCUGUUUACUAUAACACAAGUUCUCGAGACAUCGUCAGAUUCAAUGAAUUCAUCGGUACAUUACCACAUAAGUGGAAACUGUUCAUUAGCGGUAAUCAUUGUGUUUGUCUCAAUCCUAAGCAGCCAGAUCAUAGUCAGAAACUGUUGAGUAAUAUGACAUAUCUGCAGGAUCAAUUGAUCGAUAUUGAAGGCGUGCGUAUCUAUGGGAGUCCAUGGCGGCCGAAACGCGGUUGUUUCUAUCGCGCAGAGGCAUUCGGCUAUGAUCCGAAAACCAUUGGCCGCGAUAAAUGGUCAAAUAUACCGGAAAAUAUCGAUCUUCUCCUGACCCAUGGUCCACCAUACAGUGUUCGAGAUUACAACUCGGGCUGUCCGCAAUUAUUAGAUGAAAUUGUGACACGAGUACGGCCACGUAUUCACAUGUUCGGACACAUGCAUGGUAGUCGAGGUGCUAGUCUGUAUAAAAGUGAAGAUAAUCAAAUAUUAGAAGGUGAUCAUUUUCAUUCCGAUGCCAACGAUAUUCUCUUUCUAAAUCUUGCUAUUCAUCAAGGAAGACGACUUGGCACAGCGGUCGUUAUUGAUUAUUAUUAUUGA